AUGUCUGUGUUCAAUGGUCCUGAGAUCACCAUGCAUAAAGAUGCCAUGCAUUAUGGUGGCUGGGAGAACCGCGAUGUUCAUAACCUUUACGGUUUUUACAAUCAAAUGUCAACAUACAAUGGCUUGAAACGAAGAUCUAGCGAUAAGGAGAGGCCGUUUGUUUUGUCGAGAGCUUUCUUUGCAGGCACACAGAGAUACGGUAGGUUGGUCGGUUGUUAUUCUCAUUAUAGCAAGGAUUUAAUUGUGGGAGGGUUUUGUAGAUGGAAAUUUUGAGUGUGGAUUUUUUAGAUAGCAGUUCAAAAUGGCAUCAUGUUAGUUCGUUAUUCCUUACCAGGUCUUACAACUGCGACACCAGACGGUACUUUGUUCGCAGCUUGUAAUUCUUCCCUAGUACAGUCAGGGAAACUGCGAAGCUUGUCAGUGCGGAAAUUGCUGUCAUUUUAGCAAUUUCCGCACACAGUAUUUAUAUAUUGUGUGCGGAAAUAGUAUCGAUGGUAGUAUAACUAAUUUAGUAUAUAACUGAUUAAUAGUAUAACUGAUUAAUAGUAUAACUGAUUAAUAGUAGUAUAACUGAUUUAUCGGCAAGUUGUUUUUGUAGUCAGGGAAAAUAUUCGAGUGGCUCGGAUUAAAAAGUAAUAGUUAUAGCAAAAAUUUUGAUAAAUUUACGAAAAUUACUAGAAAAUUCAAGAAAUUACGGUACUGUACGUUAUUGUGGGGGUUAGUGACCAACAAUUUUGGGAAAAGAAAUAUUAAGUAUACAAAAUUUGUGAACUUUGCAAGGCUAUGUUUUCCACAUUUUACAACAUUUCGCAACCAAACUUUGCAAUUUUACAAAUUUUAGUAUGCUCUUUCCGAGAAUAUACUUUUUUUGCUAUGAUAAAAAAUGAGUCUAUAAUGGGAAUUGUUUAUUCUAAUAGAAAACAGCCGCGGGAAUAUUAAAAAUACGGUCGGGGGAAACACGAAAUUUGGAUUGUGUUACUGGUGGUUGCCGCUGCUUCGAAAUUACAAUGGGGAGAAAGUAUCCGAUCUAAUAAAUACCGAGAGGUCGGAACCUGGGGCAGAUUUAGGUCGGCAUUGCUUUGCCGACCUCAGUUUUAACUUUUUUCAAGGGCUGUGUAUAAACAAACGUUAGUCAAAUUUGUCUGUUAAUAACUUACUUGAAGAAAACCCUGACCACUCUUCUGCAUGUUUCAUUUUCCUUCGCAGGAGCCAUAUGGACUGGCGAUAAUAUAGCUGAAUGGUCGCAUUUAAAAAUGUCUUUACCAAUGAUUUUAACGCUGGGAAUCACCGGACUGCAGUUCAGUGGAGGUGGGUAAUAGAGGGGUCUUUGUUUGUACACGUGCUUGUAUUAAUUGAGUUAACUACAAAAUAGUAGUUAAAAUUUCGUUAGUAGGGUUAGUCCCAGAACAUUUUAAAAAGGAAUUUUAGUUAUAGUUUGAAAUUUCUUUUCAGCCGAUGUUGGUGGAUUUUUCAACAAUCCAGAUGCCGAACUUCUUGUUCGAUGGUAUCAGGUAAUCUCACUUGCAUACAUUUGGUUAUAUUUGCUUCAUUUUAUGAUCAGCUACCGCGUGUUUAUAUCGCACUGCGACAGCCAAUGUAUUCAUGCAGAUAUACUGUACUGUAAAGGAAGGAGUCGGUGGACUAUCAGAAAACUGAUCGAGUAGCAACGGGAAAAAACAUGCGUUUGCUGAUGAGGUCUAUUUCAUUUACAUAAACAUUUCCGAAAUUAAACUUUUAUUUGAAAUAAGCACUCCAGGUUUUUGCACAACUGGUGGGGGGUUUCUAAUCGGCCGGCCAGGGUCAUGGUCCCCCAGAAAAUGUUAGUGUUUGCGAAACGCUAAUUCGUGCAUUUUAGACACAUUUUAUGAUCAUCUGAAAAGCCACAGAUGUGGUAUAUUUUAUGUCAUAGCUGAAAACAUUAGGAGGUCACGCCCCCCCCCCCCAGUUUCUCCUCAGUUUUGAAAGAAUUACCAAAUUGGUCGUGAAGAAAAGUAGGGGCCCGGACCCCCAUCCCCCCCCCCCGUGGCUACGCCUCUGACACCCUGCAUGUAUUUGUUUCUUUUCAGACUGGCGCCUAUCUUCCAUUCUUCCGCGCACAUGCUCACUUGGACACAAAACGCCGUGAACCGUGGUUAUUUGAAGAUAAAUACAAGAACUUGAUGCGUGAAGCAAUUCGACAUCGUUAUGCAUUGCUACCAUUCUGGUACACGUUGUUUCAUGAAGCGUCUAAAUCUGGCUCGCCUAUUGUUACGUAUGUGAAACUUUGAACUAAGUAUUAGUUUAUUUUGCUUGUUCAAGCUGUUAAGGCCUAGGACAAAUUCCUGGGUGCCGCAGGAUUAACAUGUACUCUGGCUGACAGGACCGUCGCUAUUGGGGGGAGGGGGGUGACACCCCCUGAAAACAUCUUGUCGGCAAAAUAACGGAUUUGUCGGCAAAUUGUUUUCGUAGUCAGCGACAAUAUUUGAGUGGCCGUGAUUAAAAAGUAAUAGUUAUAGCAAAAAUUUCGAUAAAUUUACGAAAAUGUUAACGAAAAAUGUAACAAAUACGGCACAAUAAUUUGAAAGUUUAUCUUCAACAAUUUUGGGAAAAGAAAUAUUAAUUAGCGACUAAAAUGUUGUCGGCAAAUGCGAUACUACCCCUCCCCCCCCCCAACCUUGGCCUCUUCGCUACGGCUGUGUACACUGCAGUUUCAUGCAUAAUUUAUUUCCGUUUUCCAGGUUUUGUCCAAGCAUUUUCAUCUUUACAACGGCGGAGAUACCAUGUUUUGGACUAUUACGACUGAAAUUGGGCAGUUGUCUGAGAAUGAGUAAUGGAACAAGUCAUGGUGGCAUAAGAUGUUCUCCUAACAUAGGCAACCAGGUAAAAAUGGCAGUGUCUCUUUUAUCGUAAGAAUUCGUCAACGGACGGGGUCAUCAUCUACCUAUACUAUCCAGGCUCGUGGUUGAUUGAUUAUAACAAUGAAAGACAACAAAACCAUAGAAAUCGUCUUUCUAAAGAACGAGUCACAGCAAUGAUCAUUUUUGUUUCUGAUUUGUUUCUGAAAGCCAAUCACAAAACAUGAUCAUUUUAGCUAGGUCUUUACCCGGCGGACAAGGGAUCAUCAAGAAGGAAAAGAGACAACCUGGUGAAGAGGGGAAGUGUAGGGGGUGUGGGGGGUCUACCCCCAGAAACUUUUUUGUAUUUUUUAACCUCUAGGGCUUUAUGCAUUUAAUAUAGAAAAAUAGAAAACUUAUUAAUAAUCCAUGAGGAAAAGACAAAGGAAGUCACUACCAUGUCUGUGGUUUUAUAUGUGAUAAAAAAAUCUUGUUAAUUUAUAUAAACUUUAGCUUUGAUUUUCUUGGCUUAGAGAACGUUGAUGAGUCGUUUUCAGAGGCCACGGAAGCAUUUCGAGAGUGGAGGGGCAUUGGCCAAAAGGGUCACUUUUAUAUAUAUGAUCAAAAUCAAACGAUUUUAUGUUGUUCACGAGCCGAACGAAAAUUUUCGAAAAUAUGGAGUCUCUAUAUAACGUCGGAAAUGGCCUUUAUAGAGUCUUUACUACUGCAAAAAUAACACUUUUCUUUACAGCAAAAGAGGGUGUUUAUUCAAGAAAUACUUUUUUCGUUCUGUAAAUGGGGCACUUUAGCCCAGAAAAAGGGCACUUUUUACACUUUUAAAAAAAGUGAGGGGGGGGGGCACAUGCCCCAACACUUGUGUUUUACAUUUGAUAAAGCACCCUGCUCGUGUUUUAAAUAGUAUUCAUGUCAUCCACUAGACAAAGGUUUGGUCAUGGGAAAUUCUAUCGUUUUCCAAUUUAGAUCGAAAGCCUUGCUUUAAACACGCUGUUCACAGACGAUGAGAAAGUGGUCUCCACAUUGGACCAAACAUUUCUUCUCUUGCUUGUGAUUGGUCGAUGGUUACUGCCCAAAGGUCAAAUGUCACGUGAACAACUGUCGCAAUUACUGCUCAUCUACAUUGCCGCCGCCGCUGACAUUGUAGAACUGACAGAAAUUUAUGAAGUGCAAGACGUAAUGUCUAAUUCAAGGUAAGACAUGAAGUCCAUUUUUCUAUGCACCUUGCCAAAGGAUUUCUGAGGGCGCCUCCGGCAGUCACCUUACGACUCAUGUCUGAUCACAGAGCACAUCUAUGGUGGAAGGGUCAGUUAUGGGGCUUAAACCCCAACCCACCCAGGGCCGUAUUAACCACGUGGCAGAUGCGGCAUAUGCCGCGGGCCUCGCGCUUUACUGUGCCACGCCCAUUUUUACGAGAACACGCCUAUUUUCUAUUGGGAUACGCCCAUUUUAGGUGCCUCGCGAAUUAGGGACAUCGCACAUGCAGGGCCCCUAGGAUUGGCAGUUUACCCCAGGAAAAUAUACAAUACUUGUAUGCAUGUAAUCUCCAGUUGCGCUGAUCUGUUAUAUAUGAUCCUGUUUAUACUUGUUGACCCAACAAUUGGGCCAGGCAGGCAAUUGUUUAUAAUUGAUGCCAAUCAAUUGAAAUAUUGAAAGCAAUUAUUUAACAAUUUUGUGUGUCUUUAAAUUGCAAAGGUUUUCAUAACGGGGUUGAGGGGCCUCGCGCUAAAAUCUGCCGCGGGCCUCGCGCGACGUUAAUCAGGCCCUGAACCCACCCAGUUACCCGCCCACAUUCUCAGAGGUAAAAAACACUACAACAUGCCCCCUAUUUAAUGAGCUACGUCAUAUAUAUUUCUCUCAAUUUCUUCUAGCAUGAUAAAUCUUCUUAUUUCAAUCUGGUCAAUAAGUCUGCUACAAUUCUCCGUCACGAUUCAAAAUGCGGAGAGUGUUGCACAAGAUAAGGCCAAUGAAGAAAUCAAGAUGGAAAAAGAUCGAGAAGCGAAUGGCGAAUCGUCAAUCAAAAUCACGACCGAGAAGAAAUCAAAUCGAGUCGCACCAGCUUUGUACACUUACAAACUCGCGCAAAGGAAAGCUUUUGAAAAACAGCAGGAAAGACGAAAUACUAUGGACCUGGAUGCCCUUCGACCUGUAACCCACAAUGAAACAGAUCAACCACAAAACAACAGCAAUGAUAAGAAAGGCAGUUUUUUAUCGAGAGCUCUGAAAACUCUGAAACAAUUUGAAAGCACCGUACAGAAUUUUAUACAUACCCACAUAGACCUGAUACAAUUGCUAACCCCAAUGGUGCUUCAAGAUGGCCCGUUUCUAAUACUACGGCUGUUCGUGGCUUCAAAAUACGAUAUAACCGAAAGUAACAUGUUUGUAUUUUUGAUUGCAAAAAACGCUCUGGUCGUAAUGCUGCAGGUUUAUCGCAUAUGUGUGCUGUAUUGUAAACCAAGCGAACACGAAGGCACUGAGGACGAUAUAUUCAAUGAAAUUGGGACUGUGAAAUUACGUAACGUCCAAACAGCACAUGCGUCGGUACGGACAGCCACGCUAACCGUGCAGGCUGUUUCUAAGUUUAAGAAAAAGCGGGCAACCAAGAGGAAAAUGUCUAGAACAUUCUCGCUUACACUCAGUAACCCAUUCGCAGGGUUUCGGAGAAAAACAAAUGAAAGCAUGGAUAGCUCAAAGGCAGGCAGUUCGAAACAGGAAAGCGAUGAUAGGGCAGAUAGUAUUGAACAUGAUAAUAUGCAUACUAUAUAA